CACACCUGAAUUCCUCGUCCCUCCGCUGAGUGGCGCCACCGCACCACCAAACAGACACCCUGAACCCACGGAAACGGGUGCGAGGCUCAUCAUCGGCGGUCACUGUGACACAAAGUGACCGUGACCACGACCACGCUGAACAUGAAUUUCUCCGCGUGUCUCUGUUUGCUUUUCUUCUCUCCCUGCUGGGUCGCCUUCUCAACCCGAACCGCCCCGGGCUCAGGCUCGUUCCCUCUCCCCCUUUCCGUCUCCGUCUCCUGCUCCAGGGGCGCGCUCGAGCUUCGGGUCACGCCCCCCCCGCCGGGGCUCCUCAGGCUCGGGCGCCGGUGCCGCAGUAACGGCGUGGAUCGCGCCACGGGGGAGCUGCUCUUCACCUACCCGCUGAGCGCGUGCGGUAGCACGCGCCAGGUGCGUCGCGACUUUCUGCUCUACAGAUUCGUGCUGCGCUACGGCGGGUCCGAGCCGGGAGCGCGCGGCGGCAGGGUGCACAUCGAGUGUCGGCUGAGGAGGCUCCAGCACGUGUACAGACUGGCGGUGCGGCCCACGUGGGAGACGCCCCGGCGCGUGCAGCUCAAGGGCCCCACGGUGGGCUACAGAAUUCGGCUGAUGGACGACCGUCGGACCGCCCCGCACCCCGACGCUGUCCGCCCCCUACGGCAACGGGUCAACGUCCGGGCGUCCGCGGUCCACCUGCCCCCAAAGGGGCGCCUCUACGUGGACCGCUGCCACGCCACGCCCUCUGCGGAACCCCGGCGCGGCCCGAGACACGUGCUCGUCGAGAACUUUGGCUGUAUGGUGGAUCCCAGCGGGUUGUUUACUCACCGCACACGCAGGACCAUUAACUACAGUUUCAACGCCUUCCAAUUCAGUCAGGACCCCACAGCCCAGGUUUUCUUGCACUGCAGGUUGUUUGUCUCUGCCGAGGGUCCCGGUCCCACGACCAAGUCCUGCUCCUACAGCUCGGAGGAGAAGAGGUGGCGAUCCCUUGCUGGUCCCCACUCCGUCUGUGACUGCUGCGACUCCUUUUGCGUUCAGACCGAAACCAGGCGAUCCAUGUCUGAAGGGUUCCAAAGCAGCGGCCCACUCAUGUUCACAGCCCAGGUGUCCAGGCCCCGACCCAAAGACCUGCCCAUCAGUCCUUCGCCAGACUUCAGGGAUGAUGAUGUCUUGUCUGAGGUGAAAACGGAUGUGGGUGAGGAUCCAGUGCGACAGGAUUUGCAGAGACACGGACAUUUCGAGAGUCCUUCUGGGGAAGGGGUGGGGCCAAGGCCUCAGGUGGAGGUCCGUGAAGCUGUGCGCUACAGUCCUCUUUCUAGGGUUGCGGAAGCCAGGUUUCUCAGUGACUGUGGGAGACCACAGGAGGGGGGGCUGUCUAACAAAUCAGCCCCGUCCCUGCAGGGACGCAGUCACGCUGGCCUUUCCCCAGAAGGGGGCGAUGCUGGGUGGGUGGUGGAGGGUGAGGACCGGCGCUCCGGGGUCGGGGACGUCCUCUUCCUCAAUGGCUACGAUGGACCGCUAGAUAUAUGAGGUUCUGCCCCAGCUGAUCCUGGCCAACGGCCCCAGGACUCGUGGGAAGACGGCCGAGUUGAGGGGGACGUGCAGGUUGUUCCGGAACAAUAAAACUGAGGACAAU